UUGACAUGAUUUGACAUAAACAACAUUAACCAUGGCGCUUUCGGGUUCCUAUUCAGAAAUUACUAAAAGUGAUAAAUAUUCAAUAUUAUUACCAACAUACAACGAAAGAGAAAAUUUACCAAUCAUAAUAUGGCUAAUAAUUAAAUAUCUUGACAACAGCGGCUUCGAUUACGAAGUUAUCGUCAUUGAUGAUGGCAGUCCAGAUGGAACAUUGGAGGUGGCGAAACAACUGCAGAAAUUGUAUGGAUCAAAUAAAAUUAUUUUACGUCCAAGGGAAAAGAAGUUAGGAUUAGGCACUGCUUACAUACAUGGGAUGCAACAUGCUACCGGUAACUUUAUCAUUAUCAUGGACUCGGAUUUAAGCCACCACCCCAAAUACAUUCCAAAGUUCAUAGAGCUUCAAAAAAAGCAUGACUACGACCUAGUAUCAGGCACUCGCUACAAGGAUGGUGGCGGUGUUUACGGUUGGGAUUUUAAAAGGAAACUAAUUUCAAGAGGGGCCAAUUUCAUUACGCAGCUUUUGUUACGUCCUAGGGCUUCCGAUUUGACCGGAUCAUUUAGGCUCUAUAAAAAAGAUAUCCUGCAACAGUUGAUUGAUAGUUGCGUUUCUAAAGGCUACGUGUUUCAAAUGGAGAUGAUUAUUAGGGCAAGACAACUUGAUUACACAAUUGGCGAAGUUCCAAUAUCAUUCGUUGACCGUGUCUACGGUGAAUCAAAACUUGGAGGGUCGGAAAUUAUCCAAUUUGCUAAGGCGCUGCUAUACUUAUUUGCUACUACAUAAUGACUUCAAAACAUACAUAUUUGUAAUGUAUAAUUACAUUAAAAUAAGUUAAAUAAA